CUUAACAUCAGGCACCAUUAGCUCUUCCAACAGGCAAGGCUGCAGGACGGAGAGAAAGCAAUGAGCCAGAGAGCCAUGAGGGAGUGGUUUCCAACACUGGGGCUGGUCGCCUUACUGUGCUGCCUCAGUCUGGGGCCUGUUGACGGGGGAAAGGUGCUGGUUGUGCCAGUCGAUGGAAGCCACUGGCUUAGCAUGAAGAUUCUGGUGCAGGAGCUCGCCCGCAGGGGACAUGACGUCUUGGUGCUGGUGCCUGAAAGCAGCCUGUUGAUCCGAGAGUCAGAGUCCUUCAAGACUGAGGUCUACCCCGUGCAAUACACCAAAGCUGAGAUGGAUGGAUCAUUCAGUCACCUAGAAGGGGACGCGAUACUCAAGCCACCAAAAAUAACAGAUAUGUUUGCCAAUGUGCAGCGCUUCGUUGACUUUACUACACUACAGCUGAAAGGUUGUGAGAGUUUGCUGAACAACCAGCAACUAAUGAGUCAACUGAGAGAAAAGGGCUUCGAUAUGGUGCUUACAGACCCCUUCCUUCCCUGCGGUUCCAUCCUGGCUCGUGUUUUUUCUAUUCCUUCUGUGUAUUUCCUGCAUGGACUUCCAUGUCAGCUGGAUUUGAGGGCAAACCGAUGCCCCUUCCCUACUUCUUAUAUUCCUUCUGCCUUCUCUGGAAAUACAAACGUCAUGACCUUCCCACAGAGAGUCAAGAACAUGCUCAUGUCUGGUGUGGAGUCCUAUUUGUGCAAAGUACUCUUUGGCCACUAUGAUGAAAUGGUCAGCAGGUAUUUUGGGGAAGACAUGACCUACAUGGAUCUUAUUAGUCACGGUGAUAUCUGGCUUCUCAGAUAUGACUUUGUUUUUGAAUAUCCCAAACCUAUCAUGCCAAACAUGGUCUUCAUUGGAGGAAUCAACUGUGCUGAUAGCGCUCCUCUGCCAGCAGACGUGGCGGAGUUUGUGGAUGGCUCAGGUGACGACGGAUUUAUCGUCUUCACUCUGGGAUCGAUGGUGUCCAAAAUGCCCGCGGAGAAGGCUCAACAGUUCAUUGAAGCCUUUCGACAAAUUCCCCAAAGGGUUUUGUGGAGAUACACUGGGGUCCCACUUGUGGAUGUGCCCAAGAAUGUCAGGCUCAUGAAGUGGCUACCUCAGAAGGAUCUCUUGGCCCAUCCCAAGGCUAAACUCUUCAUCACUCACGGAGGCUCCCACGGGAUCUACGAGGGCAUCUGCAAUGCUGUCCCUAUGCUGAUGUUUCCACUGUUUGGGGACCAGGGAGAAAACGUGCAUCGCAUGGUGAUGCGUGGCGUUGCAGAGAAACUGAGCAUCCAUGAUGUGACAAUAGAGAAACUAACGGCAGCGCUGCAUAAAGUCCUCCAUGAUAAAAGCUACAAAGAGAAGAUGGUGGAGUUGUCUGAGAUACACCUGGAUCGUCCCCUGCAGCCUUUGGAACAGGCUGUUUUCUGGACCGAGUUUGUCAUUAGACACAAAGGAGCUGGUCAUCUAAGAGUAGCUGCACACGAGUUGAACUGGAUUCAGUACCACAGCCUGGAUGUCAUUGGCUUUUUGAUUGUCAUCCUUGUAAUUGUUGUGUUGGUGACCGUGAAAUCCUGCUUGUUCUGCACCCGUAGGAUUUGCAGAAAGGGACUUGGAAAGAAAAAAUCAGAGUAGAGUGUUGAGUUGGAGACAUUUCAUCUCUUCAUUGCGGAGCUGAAGAAGCCUCUUGGAUGAGAGGUAAAAAAGUCUUCAACUUAACUCAAGCAAGUCCAAUUGCCUACAGCUAACUACUGACGAUGACUUGAUGACUGAGAACCUCAAAAGACCGAGUCGAAUGUAUUUUUCUUUUCCAAUGCAAUAUUCAUUUGAAUUGAGGGAGGCUCAAGGAAUUCAGGGUCAUUCCACACAGAUGCAUAUUUGUGUUUAUCAAACAUCAGCUGUGAUGCUGGCAAUGAUUGAUUGUGAUGUCUUUCUCUUCUACUGUGCAAUCUCAGGUUUUCUUUCUCGCCCUUGCACUGAGCUACAUUCAACAAUCCUGUCAUAUGUCUUUUGAAAUUUGAAAUUAAAGGAUGUCGUUCA